AUAACUUUAACAUGUUAUGUGAUGAGAAGCAAACCAGAACCUGAGUUCUAUGUUUGGUAUAAAGAUCAGACAGCUAUUGGUCAGGAGCAGACACAUGUUGUUGAACAAAUCAUGCCUGAAGACCGAGGCUACUACACAUGUAGGGCCACUAACACUGUAGGUGAAGGACAAUCACAGCCAUUUGAAAUUGACGUUAAAUAUAGCCCAGUGAAGACAACUAUUUCCAUCAGUGAACAUGGUAAUAAUGUGAAAGUUGGCAAACCCCUCACAUUCACAUGUAGGGCUGAGGCCAAUCCUGCCCCAGUGACAUACUUCUGGCACCGUUACAACCAAAAUAAACCGACUGACUCCCCACAGUGGACGUACAAGACUAAUGAAGAAAGUCUACAUUUGCAGAGGUUAGAAAGAGCAGAUGAAUCAUGUUACAAGUGCAACGCAACCAACGCCAUUGGUACAGGGGAGGAUAGUGAGCCUGUGUGCAUACAAGUACAUUAUCCUCCUACCGAACCUAUGCUGUCUUUGGAUGCUGAGGUCAUCGAAGAUCAGCUUAUCACGAUCAGCUGCACCGUUGAAAGCUUCCCACAGUCACGUCUGACUUUGACAAGGACUUCUAUAUCAAAUUCUCAGGCUUCAGAAUGGCAUUCCCCUCAACAUGAUUAUUAUGAGGAUCAUAACACUUUACAUCUAAAGUUUAAUGUAACUUUAACCGACACAGGCCUUUACACCUGCAACGCAGAGAAUGAUGAAGGUUUAAGCAAAAGCUUACAAAGGAAGAUGGUGGUGAAAUAUCGUCCCAGAGAUGUGACAGUACAAGCUAAGCCUGGUCUUGUCGUGAGUGAAACCACGCAGUUGAUACUGAACUGCAGUGCCCGGGCCGAGCCACCAGUGACGUCUGUUACCUGGAUGAAGGUGACUGAUGGGAAGAGUGAAAUCAUCAAAAAUUGGAACGGCACUAUAAAGUCUGUCAGUCCUUCUGACAGUGGACUGUACAGCUGUGAAGCCAGUAAUAUAAUUGGAACUGGAAAAUCUCAGCAAGCCGAGGUUAAAGUCAAGUAUGCUCCAAAACACAUAAAGAUUAUAAGAACAGCAGAGCAGUAUUCUGAUGGGAAAAGCUUUGUGUGCUGA